GUCGCGGGGGCCAUGGCUGCGGGAUCCGAACUUUAAACACUUCUCCCCGGACCGGUGCGGAUGCGCAAGCCCCGGAAAGGCCAGCUCCACCAUGGACUGUAGCUGCGUCUCCGACCUUCUCUUCGCCCCGCCUGCCCUGCCGGCUCUCUGGACCCCUGGGUUUGCCUUCCCGGAUUGGGCGUACAAGCCGGAGUCGUCCCCCGGCUCGAGGCAGAUCCAGCUGUGGCACUUUAUCCUGGAGCUGCUGCAGAAGGAGGAGUACCAGGGUGUCAUCGCCUGGCAGGGGGACUACGGGGAAUUCGUCAUCAAGGACCCCGACGAGGUGGCUCGGCUCUGGGGCAUCCGGAAGUGCAAGCCCCACAUGAACUAUGACAAGCUGAGCCGGGCCCUGCGUUACUACUACAACAAGCGGAUUCUCCACAAGACCAAAGGGAAGCGGUUCACCUACAAGUUCAACUUCAGCAAAGUCGUGCUUGUCAAUUACCCACUGUUGGACAUGGCGGCAGCCACCACGGGCUCUCCACUCUUGCUGACCCCGGGUCCCUUUGGGGGAGCCCCUGGGCCAGAUGCUCCUCCCCUCACCCCCGAGACCCUGCAGACCCUGUUCUCUGCCCCACGCCUGGGAGAGCCGGCGGCCCGGGCACCCCUGUUCACCCCCGAGACAGACAAACUGCGUCUGGACAGCCCUUUCCCGUUCCUGGGCUCUGGUGCCACCGGCUAUUCCAAGCCCCCCGGCCUGCUGGGUCCCUUCGGCCGCGCCUUCCCAGAGCACCCCUGGAACUUUAGCCCGUACCUCACCGGCCCCUUCCCCAAGCUGCCCCCGCCUCUCUACCCGCCCCACUUCUACCCCAACCCUCUGGCAGGUUCCCUGGGCCACCUGCCCGCAGCAGGGGCAGGGGGAAGCCCCAGCGCUGCGCCCCUGCUGGCUGCCGCCGCGGAGGGCCUGGGCCCCGAGCGCCCCUCGGGCCUGGCAGCAGCCCCUCGCCUGGCACUGCCGAGGGCUGGGGGCCCAGAGGCCGCGCUGGGGGGCAAGGACAGCGACUCGGAGCUGGAGAUUACCGACGUCAGCGGCUGCAGCUCUGACAGCGAGGGAGAGGAGGGCCUCCCCGCGCCCUCCAAGGCCAAGGCGGGCAAAGGGGGUGUCGGCAGCUGAGCCCGGGUGAUGGAUUCUGCCAGGGCGGGGACCGGGGUGGCCGCUCGCACGGCCUCUUCUGUUGUCUGGUCUGCUCUCGAUGUCCUGCCUGAGGCCGGGGAACAGCCUUCGGCCCCUCCCAGGCCCAGGCCCACGGCGGCCCCAGUCUUCUUCCCCAGCCCCAGACUGGGGGUCUCACCUCCCCCUCCAGAGAGGGGAGGGGACACGAUGGCCUCCAGCUUCCUCCCCAGGCUCCAGUUUGAGGGGGUCCCCGCCUGGCCCACUCCCAAA